GCUGGCGCCAUUUUGUGCUGCCUUUCUAGCAGAGAGGAAGCUCUUCGCUUGCUUGCUGUCCGAUCGCGCGCUUUCGCUGUCUUUCUUUGCUCGAAACGCAAUCCCAUCCCACACCCUCUCAGCCGGGUUCAAGAUUUAUUUUGUUUUUCUCUCUAAUUUUGUAUCACCCCUUUUUUUCACCGUGGCGAUGGCAGAGUAUAUCCGUGUGGCGGAGGAAGAGUCGGAGGAGCCGAUGGAGAUCCCCUCCGAAGAUGACGGCACCGUGCUGCUGUCGACGGUGACGGCGCAGUUCCCGGGCGCCUGUGGCCUGCGCUACCGUAAUCCGGACAACCAGUGUAUGCGCGGCGUGCGCCUGGUGGAGGGCAUCCUGCACGCCCCAGACAAUGGCUGGGGGAACCUGGUCUAUGUGGUCAACUACCCGAAAGACAACAAAAGGAAAAUGGAUGAAACUGAUGCAUCUUCAGCUGUGAAGGUGAAGAGAGCAGUCCAGAAAACAUCGGACCUCAUUGUUCUUGGACUUCCCUGGAAGACAACAGAACAAGACUUGAAAGAUUACUUCAGUACUUUUGGAGAAGUGAUUAUGGUGCAGGUGAAAAGAGAUACCAAGACUGGGAAUUCCAAAGGCUUUGGGUUUGUCAGAUUCACAGAAUAUGAAACGCAAGUGAAAGUGAUGUCACAGCGACACAUGAUUGAUGGACGAUGGUGUGAUUGCAAACUGCCUAAUUCCAAGCAAAAUGCAGAUGAGCCUUUGAGAAGCAGAAAAGUGUUUGUGGGUCGCUGCACUGAGGACAUGAGUGCUGAUGAACUUCGUCAGUUCUUUUCCCAGUUUGGAGAUGUGACUGAUGUAUUUAUCCCCAAACCUUUUCGUGCUUUUGCUUUUGUCACAUUUGCUGAUGACCAGGUUGCCCAGUCUCUGUGUGGUGAAGAUUUGAUCAUUAAGGGGGUCAGCGUGCACAUUUCCAAUGCAGAACCUAAGCAUUUGAAUGCUAGGCAACAGCUAGAUAGAGGACGGUACAGUGUCAACACGGGAGGCUUUGGCAAUCAGGGUGGGUUUGGAAACAACAGAGGUGGUGGAGGGGGGUUAGGUGGCAGUCCAAACAGUAAUAUGAGUGGAGGUGGAAUGAAUUUUGGGGCUUUUAGUAUCAACCCAGCUAUGAUGGCAGCUGCUCAAGCAGCACUACAGAGCAGUUGGGGAAUGAUGGGAAUGCUAGCCAGUCAACAGAACCAAUCGGGUGCAGCAGGGGCAAACCCACAACAAAAUCAGGGAAAUGUACCAAGGGAACAGAAUCAGCCAUUUGGAACCAAUAAUAAUUCAUACAGCUCAAAUUCUGGUGCAUUAGGUUGGGGAUCGGCAUCCAACUCUGGUGGUCCUGGGUUUGGCUCUGGUUUUGGAUCUAGCAUGGAGUCCAAAUCGUCAGGAUGGGGAAUGUAAAAUGUUUCUCAGGUCUUGAGCAAAAGUGCAGAAGGAGUUUAGAAUUAUAAUAAUGGUAAGUAAAAUAGUUUUUCCACAGACUUUUUUUUUUUGCUGCAUAAUUGAAAGAAAUUUUUUUUAAGUGGUUGUUUUGUGAUGUCAUUCAAGACACUGACAGGUGAAUUUUGAAAGCUGCUGUAAUGAGGAAUGGAACUUGCAUUUCAAUGGUGCUUCUCCCUGACUCACUACAGUAUCUUGUCUUGAGUUUAAAUCUUUAAUAUGCUUUAUAAUCUCCGCGCGCACAAUGUUAUUCCUCCUCUCCCAUGUCCCAAUUUAUAUUAAGGGUUUGUUGGUAAAAUAAGACACAAGGUCAAAGUUAAGUGUAGAACAACGUGGGUAACUUCAGCUUUUUCAUUCUUGCUGCAGGUUAUGAAGCUAUGGUUUCAAUUAUAAAUUGCUACCAUGUUCUCGAGUCAGGUUCAACUUAACUCCAAAUGCUGUACAUUCAAAGUGCACAGGAAUGUUUCUGCCUUUUUUCAUGUAGUAAACAGCAUAUUUCCUUUUCACCAAGGAAACUACAUUUUCUGUGCUCUUUUCUAUCCAAGUCUAGUUUCUGGAAGUCAAUAUCUUGUGUUCAAACCAGGCUAUUUUUUGUAUUGGAAAACAAACCUGCACUGUACAUAGAGAAAGUAUUUGGUUAUUCAAAAAGAAUCCUAAUAAGGUCUGCUGUAAUGUUUUUAGUAUGUAGACCAAACAUCUGAUCCCUUGAAUAUCCCAUACGAUUAACAACCUAUGAUUCAUAUUAUAGCCUUGCUGAGUAUGAUUGCUUAAAUUGAUAAGCUUAACAUUAUGCCUGUUUCCAUUACUUCUGACUGGUGGUGGACUAGUAUUUGGGCUCUGUUGGCACUGUAUGGAGGUGCUUAUUUCCCAUUCUGGUCUAAGGUUGUUAUUUCCAAACCAGCCCUUUUAACAAACUGGUACAGAUGAAGGAGGAAGUUGGUGUAAAGACAUUCCACAGAGUAAUCUGUUCAGAACCAGAGUUGUGAUCCACUCAAGUGAGAAUUUGCAUCUUGUAUACUGCCCCUGUUUUAUUUUUAAUGAAGGUGUGCAAUGUGGAGCUUCAUUUGCCGUCUUCAUUGCAUACUUUGAAUGGAGCCUAUACCCAUGAUCAAAGUACCACUAUCAUCCAUUGAAGGCAUAUUUCUGGCACAGUAAAGGGGAUAGGGGAGUUUACCUUUUUCACACAGAUAUCUAAUAUAGUUCAGAAUAGAAAGGUUUGCCCAACAACAAGCUUACAAAUAUUCGCUAUGAAUUGUACCUUGUUUUCAGAAUCCACCCAUUUACGUCCCAGCUUGGAGAACCUGGUUAUUGUCUUCCACUUCUCUUUCCUGUGCUAUUUCUUGCCUUACAGUAAUGAAAAUGUUUUGGCACUGUACCAUCUUCUUAUUCCCAUACCUUCAUCUUAUUUUUGAUGUGAUUAGAAGGAGCAGGCCAUCUACAGACAAUGUUACUGUGCUUAAAACUAAUAUCCUAGUGGUCUGGCUUAAUUGGCAUCGUACCAACUAAAUUAACAUUUAAUUAUCCAUAAAGACUAGUGUGCUAAAAUAAUUUCCUUUAGAAAAGCACAAUUUGGAUAGUAACACUAAUGGGUUAUGGUUAAAGGCUAGUAUCAUGCUUUUUAAUUUUAGAAUCUUCAUUUAAAAUAUUUGUUUAGGGCUGAGAUAUGCAAAUUCCAACUGUGAAAUACCUAAAACGGGUUGCGUGCUUUUCUAAAAACUUGAAUGGACUGUGCAGGCCAAAACAGGAUUGUAAAACAAUUUUAAUGUCAAAUCUACAUAAUAUUCUUUCAAACAUUUCUUGGCUGCCUUGUGAGUUAGCAAGUAAUAUUGGAAAAUUCUACAUUACCCAUCAAACUGCUUAUGCUAUAUAAAAGCAGUAUGAAAAACCUGAAAACACCCUACUUGAAGAUAUUUUUAAUUAUUUACAAGUGUUACUUUAGUGAGUUGCUGGCAUUCCAGGUUACAGCCACUGUUGCACAGAAUACUAUUGGUUAGUCUUAUUAGUGCCUGACAACUAAUCCAUGUGCACUAGAGGUUGUACUGUUUCAUCCAUGUUCUGUCCAUCUUAAAAUUAUUGAGUUAGUCCCGUAUUGUCAGGUAAAGGAUGCAGCAGAGUGUCCAUGGUAUCACAGUACAGGUAGAUGCAAUUUGGCCAUGAAUGGUGAGAGCUAUAUUGUGGUACAAGAAACUUUUAUAUAAACGUAACCUGCAAAAUCUUUAAGGCGGCUGGAACAUAUUUAAUGGUGUAUUGUGUAGAUUUUUCAAGAAUUUGAAAUGUCUUUUUAAGGAAGUGAUCUGGAUCUCCAAGCAUGAACACCUACAUACUGUAUAGAAAAUGCUUUCUCUAAAUCAUCUCACUGCAUUGCUUCAAGCUACAUGGAGUUGCAGGUUCUAUUCAAGGGACCACGGUGGGUGUUCCAUUUUUGUCCUCUACUGUUCUUUUCACGGAUUCGUCUAUCAGCGCUGUGAAACAAGAUGAUGUGGCACAGAGCUGUGAUGACUUGAUUUGAAGCCUGGUGUGGGAUUGAUGCUAUGGUGUUGCCAACGAAUGAGAGGGCUAGUAUGAGCGAGGAAGGAGAGAGCGCGUGCAGAGACUUGGUGGUGCAUAUUGCAUUUUUAAACAUGGCAAGAUGUGGCUCUCAAUCCCUUGGCAUGGUGAGAGAAUGCAGAGGAGAAGUGGGAAACAGUACGAAUGGUUUUUUUUUCUUGCAUUCACAAAGGACGUCCGUGACUGAUGAGGAAAAAAGACUCUAGAGUGGUGAUACUUGAUUGUAACAUGAGUAAUUGGAAAACGUUGGAUGUGUUCAGUGAAAUGAAUAUCUCUAGGGGUUGAAACCAAGCAGCAUUUAGGCUCCACAACUUAUAAGAGUUAAAUUUUAUUUGGUUUUAAGUUGUUAAUGGUAAAAAUUGGACUAUUUGAAAAUUCUAAAAUUUUUCUGAAUUCUAAUUCUAAAAAUUAUUUCAAAACCUCAAUUAUAAAGUGUAUUAACAAUUGGUAACUUUAUAAACCAACCUGCAAUUUAUAAUGUUAUUGAGUCGGAGUCCUUAAAACAGGCUACAAGUUGGACCAUGCAUAUUUUUGAUUUUAGUUUCAACCCCUGAAUAUUUUUUGUAUCUUCCUUUCCCCUCCCCUUCCUGUUACUUGUGUGUGCCGAAUGGUUGGUGAUGUAUUUUUGUAUUACUGAUAUGUAAGUGUGGAUAAGUGAUAUGAUGUGGAGUUAUGAAGGAACAAUAUUUUGUGGAGUGUAUUGUGGCAUUGCUGCCUGCCAGAGAUGACUUGGGUGAACUCAGUGUCCAUCUCGAACAAGGGUGUACGUUUGUCUGUUUUCUGCGAGUUUAUUGCGAAUGCAGGGCUUAAUAAAUGAUUGCUUGAGUUCA